UUAAUGCGUGGAGAGACCCGAAGGAAGAGGAGCCUCUCGGUCCAGUGGAAUUCCCGCAGGCAGGUGGUCAGUCCUCCAGGCCGCCCGGGUUUCUCCAUCAUGAUCAUGAUUGAAAGUGUUGACUCAGUUGUCAGUAUUUCCAGCCAGGACCUUUGGGCUGAAAUCUGUUCAUCUCUUCCACAUCCAGACCAAAAUGAAGACUCAUGCAAUGCAUUUGCAGAUUCUUUUACGGAUUCUUUCUUUCACAUAGAAAGCCAGAAUGAAGUAAUGGAUACCUCUUUCCAAACAAACUUGAAGCCCUGGGCUCCUCUAAAAGAUUCAGAGGUCUACUUGGCAUCUUUAGAGAGAAGAUUGAUGAGAAUAAAGGGUUUGUCUCAAGAAGUGACUUCCAAGGACAUGCUGCAUACCCUUGCUCAAGCCAAGAAGGAAUGCUGGGAUAGGUUUCUGCAGGAGAAGUCCAACUCUGACUUUUAUAUGGAGGGAACAGAACCUGAUGAGAGCACUUUGGAACACUUGAAGCGCUGGCUACAGCCUGAUAAAGUGGCAGUCAGCACUGAGGAAGUACAAUAUCUGAUUCCCCUGGAAGCCCCUAUCGAGAAGCAGGAGGCUGAAGAAGAGUCUAUGGCCGCAGAACAGUAAAAGGCACUCUGAUCUUGCCUCAUUUCAGGGGCUGGUAGGAUUUGCAUUUAAAAGAGCAUGAGGGGGGGAAGUGCCAAAGCUAUGUAGAAGUAGGCCUCUGUUUUUUCCCUUCCACAGUUCUUCCUUUUUUACAGCAGAUCUUCCAGAGUGACGUGUCCCAGAAUUAUAGUCUUAUGUAACUUAACUGAGGUCCCACUGAAGCAGAAAGGCAUUGGAGUGGCUUUGGCUUUGGCUAAUAUGAUGAACCAGAGUUAAGAGAUCAUUAGCUUGGAUUAUUCCCACCCACCCCCAGCUUUCCUGGGUCUUCCUUUGUGUCUGCAUUGUUCUCGGAACAUCUUACUGUAUUAUUUUUGAAGGACUGACAUUUACACAGAUUCCUUGUAUAAUUUCUCUAUAAAUGUAAUGUGUUCUGUGUCAGCAGUCCCUAAUCCUGCCUUGAAAUGUGUAGAAGACUGUAUUUUGAAAUUCCUGCGUAUGCUGUGCAAUCCAAAACAGAGUUAUACCUUUCUAAGCACAUUCACUUCAAUGGACUUAGAAGUGUGUCACUCAUCUUAGGACUAUACUGCUAAAAACACACUUGACAUUCCUUUCAUUACAACAUGCCAUUCCCUAAUCAUAAUUCGUAAGACUGAUAUUUCUCAGGAUUUGCAGUCAUGUGUGUCUUUCUCCAAUUGCUGUUCAUUUUCUUCCUCUUUUUUAAAAACCAAAAUGGUGCCUGAAUCUUUUCUUGUGAUGGGUGAAAAACAGCUGGGGGGAGAUCAGUGUUGAGUAGCCCUCACUACUGUUAUUUUGUUUUUUAAAAAUUGAGAGAAAGAUACAUAUUGCUUUCUGUUGUGUAGUUUCAGCCUUAGAUAUAUGAGAAGCAUUUUCCAGGAAAAGUCCUUUCCAUCGAAAUUGUUUUUGUCUGCACUAAGGUU